AUGGAUUCUGAUGAGAUAGAUUCAGGAAGUGCAUCAGAUGAGGAUCUAUUCACACUUUUGAAAGUGAAGCCAGUUUACGCUCGAAGGAAACUUUGUACUACAAAUACGAACUAUGAUAGUCAAUACCGAAACACUGAUCAAGAUCCUCACCGCAAAUUGUUUAGAAAAUUUGCAACGAACAAUACUACAGACACUUAUGCUCGUGGUGGUAGUGACAACGACACUGACGACGACAAUUUGAUUGUACGUCCACGGAGGAAGAAUCGAUCUCGCAGCCCCGUCAGGAAACACGGAUUGACAAAUCUUUCACCAUUGAGAAAGGAGCUGCGACAUACUAAUCCAUCACAAGUUGGAAGGAAACAUCGCAUGGAUGAUGAAAACGAUAUAAUGGCAGGCUUAAUUAAUGCGCCGUCUUUAUUCAAAAAUAUAGAACAGGAGAGAGACAAGAUUGAUCGACAUGCAAAGUUUAGCAAUAUGUAUGAAGAAGAGCGAAAAAGCAACGAAGAACGAAAAACUGUUUUAGAGGAACAGAAAUUGUCAAUAUUGAGAGAAUUGAAUGACGAAAGUGAGCUGGAGAAUCAUGGAAAUGAAAAAUGCAAAGAAAUAGAAAAGGAAGAAGAAGAAACAACAGAAGAAGAGGAAACAGCAGAAAAAGAAAACGAAGGAGGAAAAAGAAAAGGAAAAGGAAAAGGAAAAGGAAAAGGAAGAGCAGACGGAAUAGAAAACGUUGCUGGCUAUGACCCUUCCAAGCGUCGAAAAUAUCUUAUCGAUCGAGACAGUGAAUAUCUUGAAAGAUUGGUAAAGUUGGAUAAUAAAUUCGACUCAGGUGUUGGAGAUGGUAGUGGUAGUGGUGGGAUAUACAGACAUUUUUAUUGUUUAAAGCAGAUUGAUAAUCUAUGCAUCAGCAAAGAAUUUGAGCAAGGGCUUCCACGAUCUUUGAUGUUUCAUAUUGCGGGUGACAAGAAUAAUGCAUAUGAAUUGAUCCUUGGUGGUAAAAAUGGUGAUAUAAACACCUUGAAAGGAAUAACACUUCAAGCUUUACACAUGGUAAAUCCCAAUUACUUGUUAAUUGUAACAGAAAUGAUUGAGAAAUAUGGUCAAAACAGCGCAGAAUCUUCUCCUAAAUCUAUUACCACCUACAAGGAGUUUGAAAAAUAUACACUGGCAGUGGGAGUUCAGCCCCAUUUGCUACGUAGUCCAUCAGGAAAUAAGUCUCUCUGCAUAAAGAUUGAACAACACAAUGAUUCUGUCAAUUUGCAGUUGCAUCGAUUAAACUUAUUAUUUACGUCUUUUUUGAUAGAGUACCCACAAAUUACAACGCAAGAUCUCGAUAGCGCGUUAUGGAUGUUUUUUCUCAUAAUUUCUGAUUACAAUGCAAACAAGAAAGAAUAUCUCACUUUGCAAAUGUUCAUAAAAUCGAUAUUUCCCAAAUUUACUCGUAUAUGGACCAAAGACGAGUUGGUAUCUAAGAUAAAUACUAUGUUGCAAUCGAUACAAACGGCUAAAAGAAACGAAGUAAGCGAACAAACCAUGAACAAGAAGCAUCACAGAAGAAUUGAUUACGAAUUACAGUACAAUAUACUUCGGCUACUCAAUACCGCAUUUUCAUCACUCUCAACAACAGUAACAACAUCAGUAAUAAUGAUGACACCUGCUGAGUGCGAUAAACUCAAAAGCACAUUGAAUGAGCUUAACAUUUUGUUUAUAUCACUAAACAAUACGACAGAAGAUGGAAUGAUACACCCUGCACCAAACCCAUUUAAAUUACCUCAAUUGAUUAAAUCGAUGCAAAUAACUGGUGAGAUCAAAAGCAGAUUGCAAUCAAGAGAUGCGGACUUUGUCAACGAGAUGUUUCUCUACUAUUUCAAGAUCAAGUUACUACCAUUUGUUGUUUACAAAAACUCACUUGAUUUUUCACUGGACCGAAAACAUAAUAUUCACCGUCUUAGGAAUUACAAGGAUGCACUAAAUGCGCUUGUGCUGAACUGUUACAAAUUGAUGGGAACAAUAAACACUGAAAUCUACUCGCAAUACAAGCUAUGCUUUGAUGGCGAGGAAGUGGUGCUUCUACUAACCGAUAUUCAUCAGGAUCUCAGUUUGCUUGGCGAUAAAGUUGAUACCGAUUUAAAAGCCCUUGGUGAUGGUGAUUUGUUUUAUGAUGAUUUAAGGUGA